AUACAAACCUUGAAGCUCAAUACAUAUGGUACCAUUCUCUCAAGUCUUGACAAUAUUUCCACCACAAAAUGGCUUUUCAAACAUACCACCAUUCGCUCCCUCCCUACUCUCUCAGUUACCCCUCAUCCCUUGCCAAAAUCCAAACUUUACAAACCCUAACCCUACAACGAAGUGAUCUCCGAUGCCGGAGAUUUAGUUCAUCUCGUCGGCGCUUGCAUUUUCCGGCCAUCGCCGCUACUCUCCCCCAUCUUGACCUAACUGAGGACAACGUCAAACAAGUUCUGAUAGACGCUAAAUCAGAGUUUGCUCAGAUAUUUGACGCAUCAGUGGGCAUUACUGGGGAGGUUCAACUAGCUGAAUUGGAUGGUCCCUUUGUGAAGCUGAGGCUUCAGGGCCGGUUUUGGCAUAAGAGAGAAACAGUUCUGGCAAGGUUGGCUAAUUAUCUCAAGAAACGGAUUCCGGAAGUUUUGGAGGUUGACAUAGAAGAUGAUAAGCAGUUGGACGAUAGUGCUGGUAAUUUUUGAGGCGCUGAGACAUCCAAAUUUGGAGUUUCUCCAUCUCAAAACCAUAUGCUGUGUCAUGGAUAUUGAUUUGGUUGUUGAAGAUAUGACUUUGGAAAUCUUUUUUCAAAAUCUUGUAGGUUGAAUAAAGCCUUUGUAAUUGCUAGCUUGAAUUUAUCCUUUUUCUUUUCUUGUGACCCACUUAUAAUUUGCUCCCUGUUUUACUAUGUAUAAAAGUUUAAGAUGUGCUGAAA